ACAGCAUCAGCAGCGUAAUGGAGUGAGCAUUCUCGCGUUGGAUAUACGAAGCGCUCUCUCGUGCCACACGGGAUCUCACGUUUACCAUGAGAUUGAACGCCGUACGCGGCCCGCUCGACCGUCGACACGUGCAUUCUGAAGAAAAUCUGCUUUCCAGAUAAUAAAUAUAUGGAUAACUAUGUAGGUGCACACAGCUCACCUGCAUGUGCCACGUACCACUAGCUCACUUGGUAUAGUAGAAUGGCACAACGAGGCAAAAGAGUCCACAGAAACGACAAUGAUUUGGCGUCUUAUCCGGGCGCUAUUAAGAGGCGCAAGUGUAGACUGGGCCCAGCUGCCACAGGUUCAUCGUCACUGGCAGGGACCAUGGGGCCCUCAGAAGAGGAGGAAACGAUGGCGUCAUCCAGCCAAGUGGGGGCAUCCUGGACCCCCCGACCCGUCAGUGAUAUUAAGAUCUCCAGCAUAUACAAUCGAUCGGCUGCUGAGGCACCAGCAGAGUUGUUUCGUAAGGACCUGAUCAGUGCUAUGAAAUUGCCGGACAGUGAACCGUUGAGUCCGAACGAGUAUUGGGUUAUAACUGAUCAGUGGAAGCAAGAGUGGGAAAGAGGUGUUCAAGUACCCGUUAAUCCAGAUUCUCUUCCUGAACCGAUGGUUACUGUUACACAGACGUCUCCUUUAAAGUUACACACCGAAUUCAAAUUGCCUAAAAAGUUAAUAAGAAUAACUCGUGAUGAUUAUUUUAACUCAGAAGACCAUCAUUUAAGUACUACCCCAGCGAGAGCAGAGAAAGCCUGUGCUUAUGACCUUGAUGAUACUGACAUUGCCUGGUUGGAUAUAUUAAAUGGGGAACGUGCACAGGCUGGACAAUUGCCAAUUACGGAGUCGCAAUUGGAACGUGUCAUGGAAGAGUUGGAGGUACGAUGUUGGGAAAGGAUACAAACGAUCGUGAAGAACGAAGAAGGGCUUGGAAUUGAGUACGACGAAAAUGUCAUUUGUGAUGUUUGCAGAUCGCCGGAUUCUGAGGAGGGCAAUGAGAUGGUGUUUUGUGAUUGUUGCAACAUAUGUGUACAUCAAGCUUGUUACGGUAUUACCUCGAUACCCGAUGGCUCUUGGUUAUGUAGAACUUGUUCGUUAAGUCAAAGACCCGACUGUGUAUUAUGCCCUAACAAGGGUGGUGCAAUGAAGUGUACACGAAGCGGUCAAAAAUGGGCUCAUGUAUCGUGUGCGCUCUGGAUUCCCGAAGUUAGCAUUGGUUGUGUUGAACGAAUGGAACCGAUCACAAAAAUAUCCAGUAUUCCGCCAAGUCGGUGGGCCCUAAUUUGCGUUUUAUGCCGCGAACGUGUGGGUGCUUGCAUUCAGUGCAGUAUAAAGACAUGUAAGACAGCGUAUCACGUUACGUGCGCUUUCAAAUAUGGGCUCGAAAUGAAGGCGAUCAUUGAGGACGAAAUGGCAGACGACGGUGUGAAAUUAAGGUCGUACUGUCAAAAGCACAGUAGAACGAAUACAAAAGACAAGGUCGGCGUUGGCGGUAGCGUAGGAAGCGGCGGCGGGAAGGGUGGUUCGGAUUCUGAAGACGGCGAGUCCAGGCGGCGUAAGCGGAAAGACAUGACUUCCGAAGAAAAGAAUCAAGCACGCGCAGCUAAGUUGCAGGAAAUCGAGGCGGAAUUUGAUAAGCAUGUUAGUUUAAAGGAUAUUACCUCCCAGCAAUUGGACAUAGAUCCCGACAGCAUUGUGUAUAUCUAUAACUAUUGGAAGCUGAAGAGAAGGGCCGGCCACAACAAACCGUUGUUAGCGCCUCGUUGUGGCGAAUUGUCGAGCGCAGGGGCGCGCGCUCAGGGUCAAGCGGCGGAUAUGGAGAAGAUGCGCACCUUCGUACAGUUACGCCAGGAUCUUGAGCGAGUGCGCAAUCUGUGCUACAUGGUGGGUCGUCGCGAGAAACUCUGUCGUUCUUUCCUGCGACUACGCGAACAGACCUUUCAUAAGCAGGCCCUGCUACUGGCCGGGCCGCCACUACCACCAGCGGCGGCUGCUGCCGUGGCGGAGGCGAAUCACGGACCCUCGAUAUAUGACCGUCUCUACUCCCAUCCCGAUUCUGAGGAUCACACUCACGAUUUCGACACGUUAGUCGCUCGGAUCGCGGGUGUCAAAUCACCUACGCCGGUGUCGAGCGAUGAGAAGAAGGUGCAGCUGGACUUCAACGGCGCGUCCAACAAGAAGCUGUACUUCAACGGCUCUGUGAGGAGAAAGAGCUUAUACGGCAGUGACCUAUCGAUAAGCAGCAGCGAGACCGAGGCGACCAAACCCGCCAAGACGACUAGCAAGUCCUGUGCAAGCAAGUCCAAGUCCGCUACCAGCAUAAAGGUCGAGAUCGAGUCGAGCACGGACGACGAAGCGGACGCGUCGAAGAACAAAACACCUGCCAGACGAAAAUCGAAGAAGGCCAGCGCGCCAGACAGGCCACGACCUAAGCUGCGAGAUAGCAGCGAAAGCGACAAGCUGGACACCGUCAACAGCAGAUCGCGUACUUUGCAACACAUGGAGAAGGAGCUCGGUAGCGCGUCGGGAAGCGAAAGCGACGAAUUGUUGCCCCUGAGCACCAACGCCGCUUCUCGCCUCGGACCGUCCGUAGCCUCCGCCAUCUACUCAGACACCGAUUCGGACUCGUUGGAGCAUCACUCCUCGCACUCGGCCGUGCUCAUCACCAAGGCCGCGGUGAAGGAGUUCUCGGCAGCGGAGAUAUCGAAGAAUUCCUCCCAGAAGAAUUUCACGUGCAAAGACACGGCCAGACAAGAUUAUCAUCACGCGGACGAGCCCACGAAGAACAAGGAAAACGCAAAGGGCGCCAAGAAGAAGGAGUACAUACCGUCUGCUCUGAUAGUUCCACAGCGGCAGGCGGCGAAAAAGGCAUCCGAGAUAAUGCAGCGUACUCAGGGCAAGAAGGAGAACACCGUGAACGAAUCGUCCGUAGAGUUCGUCAAGUCUCCCGGCGAGGAGCCCGCUAAACCGUCGAAACCCUCGACGACCAAGGAGAAACCGUCCAAUAAGAAACAGCGCGACAACAAGACGCAGAAGGACACCAAAAACAACGACGUUUACGAUUUCGAUAAGGAGUUCGGCGACGGCACUGAGAUCUUGGCUUACGUUCCGCAACGGCAGGCCGCGAAGAAAGCUGCGGAGCACAUCAAGAGUGGCAUGGGCACGAAAACUGCCCAACCGGACGUAGAGACCGCGGACGUGAAACCAAAGAAGGAGCUAUUAGAUGGCGGCAAGAGGAAAGAAAUAAAGAAGGAGGAGUCGCCGAAGAAAGAGGAGCUGCCGAGGAAGGAUGAACCGUCGAAAGACAGGAAGGGCAAGAAAUCGGUGCUUGAGAGCAGCAAGAGUGCGUCGUCCGUGUUGACGAGCAACAGCGAAAGCAGCAGCAGCAGUAGUUGCAGUAGCUCCUCGGAGAGUAGCAGCGAUUCCGACGUGGCGAAGAGUCCGCUGCAGAAGACCUCGAGCGCCAACAAGGAGCCGACCUCUUCGUCGACCACCACCACGUCGUCCGAGAGCGACACCGGUAAUCAGCAGGUGAAGAGCAGGACCGUGAACAAGCGACAAGUGAACAAAAUCAUGCACGAGGACAACGAGGCUGAGAAGACUCUUGCGGGGCGGAAACUCAAGAAGCUGCCCGAUAAGAAGCUUAAAACUUCCGACGGGCGGCAUGGACCAGAGUUUCAGCCGCCGCUUACUGAGAGAGAAGAAUCAGGUCGAACCAUCGUUCCUAAGGAGUCGCAACAACAGCAUCAGCAUCAGCACCAGCAACAGCAACAGCAACAGCAACAGCACCACCAUCACCAUCACCACCCGCACCACCAUUACCAACAGCAGCAGCAGCAACAGCAACAACAACAACAACAACAACAACAACAACAACAAGCACAACAGUCACUCGGUAAGAAAGCAGAUCAAAGAGAUUCGUCCAAAAAGUCCGUGCAAUCGCAACAAACAGCAGCUGACCAAGGUGUACUCGGUGGGUCUCGAGAUAAUGAUGGGCUACGAAGUGUUUCUGGGGCCAAGUCGAAGAAGUCCGGUCAGCCUGUUAAACAGACGCAACAGUCUACUUCUCGAAACAAAGAGGACAGCGGCGCAGGAUCCAGAGCGAAGUCGGAGACUCGCAAACGAAAAUCAAGCGAGACCAUCGCGAAAGACGAGAAGAUCAUUAAGGAAUCGCUACCGCUCAAAAAAGUGGAAAAGAAACUGAGCGAGAAGGCGAACAGGGAAACCGAGAAAGACAACAAGCACGAUAUCAAGAGCGUGCCCGGACCGGAACCGGUGGAGCCGCCAAAGCCGAUCGAGAACAUCACCAUCAAAGCGGACGACAGAAAGAUGAAGAAAACGAGCCACAGGAACGCAAUCAAUACGUUGGAAGAGGAGAUGAAGCAACGGCGCGCGGAACGUGAUGCCCCGAAGAAAUCGUCGAGGGGGUUGGACAAGCUGCUUGAGAAGCGCGAGCACUUGGACAAAUUGUCGCGCAAUAAAACAACCAUCCAAGAGGUGAAAUUGGAGAAAUCCUCAUCUAACGAGGAAAGCAACGACCAGAUCAUAACGCAGGAGACACCCAUCGCGAAGGAGACUAUCAAGAUCGAGGACGUGAAGAACCAUAUGAGCGAGCAAGUGGCGGUGUUGGACACCACUAAGGUAGAGAAGGAGGACGUGGUGAAGAAGGACGUGAUCGAGAUAGCACCGGAGAAACCCGCGGAACGCAGGAAGAAGGUCGAACAGAAGAUUGAGAACGUCAGCGAGGUGGUGCAGACUGUGGAGAUGGCCGCGGUGGACGUUAUUGUCAAAGAGUCUGUCGACAACGUUUGUUCCAAGUCGGCGCCGGACAAAGCCGCGGCUAUGGACGCGCCUGAGAAGGAGUGCCAGAAGAGGCGAAAGUCUGUGAAUCGUUCCAUCUUCUCACCGCAACAUCACGGCAGCAAAGACCCGAGUGUGUCGGAGCUAUUCGAUUUCGAUCACGACAUCCUCACGGACGACAUGGUGAACGAUGACGGCAUCAGCAUACCGCGCGACGAGGAGCGUGCAGCGCCGCUUACGUUCUCCUUCAACAACGAUUGGUUCAAGGAGGACUCUAAGGAAGACAGCGCGCGUGAGACUUUGCACCUAGUGGAGAAACUCCGUAUGGAACUAUCGAAGAAGUCGAAUUCUAGUCAGUUCGAGUUGGAGUCUGUUCCAGCGGAGGAAGAGCCAAGGAAGGAGGAAGUGCAAUCGGCGGACAAGCUUGCGCUGGAGCAGCAGCAGCAGCAGCAGCAGCAGCAGCCACAGUCGCAAUCGCAACAACAGCAGCCGCAACAGCAGCAGCCGUUGCUCCAGGAAAAAGUGGAGGUGCUGGAGCAGCAGCCGGUGAAGCAACAGCCGGUGGUGCCUUCGGCCAUCGUGUCAGCCGUUGAGAUCAAGACCGACAGCGACGAGCCUAUACAGGUGUCGGCGGAGGAUGAUCUCGCCAGCUGCAAGAGUCACGCGAUGGAAGAGAAGAGAAAGACCUGCUAUUCGAGCAAUAACAGUGAACACUACAUGUACGGAAACGAGGAACGCGAGACGGCGAAGGUGACGGUGGUGGAACGCGCGAAGCUAGAGAUGGACGCGGACGCGGACGAGAGAUGGGUGCCGCCGAGCUUACCUUGUCCACCGGAGAACUACAAUCUCAGCACGCUGAUGGACAACCAGAACCACCGCUACGCUGCUCACCCGCAAUUCCCGAACGACAUCGCCGCGGUGAUGCCGGACACGGCGAAUCCAGAUGCCCUGGUCCAUCUGCAGCUCAAUAUCAACAUGCAGGACCAAUACCUGCUGCAGCAGACCCACUCGAUGGAGCGGGUGCAGCACCUGGAGGUACACGCCGAGCAGUCGCGAGUACAGUCGCUCGCGAUGAUGGACCAGCAGGUGACCGGGAUACCGGCGCAGAUCGUGGACGAGAUCACACCCAUGGAGAUGGUGAACCGCCACCUGAUCGGCCUGCCGAAUUCGGAGGACGACCAGGGCAGCGAGAUGGACCGUGUGCUGGAUAAGGACGAGAUCUCGUCGGAUAUCAGGCAGGAUUACACGCAAGGCGGCUCGCCCUACAACGAGCUGAACGGCGCUCGCCCGGACACGCGUUGGGCGGAGAGCCAGGUGCUGCCGUCGCGUCGCUCGACGUCGUCGUCCAUCACGUCAGCCUCCUCGGCGGAAGACCACGCGGCUAUACCGCCUUACAAGAGCGUACCGCCAAUGCCGUAUCCAUCGUGCACGAUGGACGCGGCACCCUAUCACUACUCGGAGACUAGUUCGUACGGUGCAGGCGCGGUGUCCCUGUUCCCACCGCAGUCCUGCGCCGCACCGUUGCCUUACCCAUCACCGGGUACGGCCAUGUUCCCGCCGCCGUUCGGCGCGGCCUUCCCCACGCCACAGUCGUUGCUGCCGCAUGUGCCGAAGCCGCUCGAGGAGUCGCUCAAUAUGCAGGCGUCGCCGUGCACUGCGGCCUUCACUUCAUCGUCGCAUAACAUGGCGCUUACCGCGGCCAUGGUAUCGCCGACGAAGGUGACCACGCCACCGCCGCCGCCGCCGCCUCCGCCGCCACCGCCGCCGCCGCCUCCACCGCCGCCACCGCCUCCUCAGCAGCCGUCGAUGCCGCAGCAACCUUCGGUGACGCAGCAGCAGCAAGUACAACAACAGCAGCAACCUCCGCCGCCGCCGCCGCCACCGCCGCCGCCGCCUCCGCAACAGCAGCAGCAGCAGCAGCAAUUGCAGCCGUCAGAGACGCCACAGGGUCAUGCACCUCUGUUACCUCAGCAGGUGAACUCCCCUGCUGUACCCACGUCUUUCCUCAACACCAUCCCGGAGACGCAAGUAAGCGAGACAACGGUGGAAAACAUACCGGAAGUACUUACAGACAGCAAGAUCGCGCCGUCCGGCAAGAAGUCGCCCGCCAAGCCAACGAGGACCUCCGCCAGAGUGACGUCGUUGCAGGGCAAGUCUCCGGGCAAGUCACCGCGUCAAGAGACCACCAAGACCGUGCCGAGCGCUCGCGGUCGCGGCAGGGGCGCCAAAGGCAGCCAACAGUCGAGCUAUCGAGGCCGCGGUCGCGGCCGGGGUAGGCGCGGCAGAGGCAGCCAGAGCGCCAUGGCGAUGACGCCCAUGGUGUCGAGCACGCUGCACAACGACGACUCGAUUCAGAACAAGCUGAUCGGCACCGUGUACGACUUCGACUCGGACGAGGACUCUGCGAACGAGACCAACAUCGCGGACCUGCGAAUGAUGCGCGAGCGCAAGAAGUCCACCGACGUGAACGAGAAGCGCGGCGGCGAGCCCCUCGGCAUGGCGAACGACGCCAUCCAGUCGCACCUGUCUAGUCCCACGUUGCAUAAAAAGUACACGGACGACAAGAAGCUGUCGUCGCCGGUGACGCACGACCAGACCGCCCUCGCCAAGGCCGACACGAACGCGGGACAGGCGUUCGCCGAUACGGUGAUGCCGUUGUUGCCGGGUCCAGUGGAUAUGCGUACGUACAACUCGACGGUGGACCAACCGAGUUCGUCUGUACACGGCCAAUCAUACGGCAAUCACCUGUUGGGCUCGUUCGCUGCGGGCGUGUCCACCGAUCCGAAUCUACAUGAUAUGGAAGACUUCGAGAACGAGCUGAACUCUGUACUGAAAAAGGCUACCGGCAAGCAGCAACUAGUCGCGAGCGACGGUUUGGAAGGGACGUGCAUGAAGCCGGGUUUCGGCGACCCGUCGGCGAUAGACCCGUCCGCUACGAUGGGCUUCAACGACGCCAACAAGGUCUCCCUGACGGACUCACGGAACCAGUUGAAGGUGAAGAUCAAGGGCCCGUUCCUCGACGCGAACUAUGUGCCGGCGUCGUCGGUGCCUCCGUUGGCGCAGCAAGCGCCGGUGAUCAUCACCCCGACUGCCAACACCGCGGCUGUAGCAUCUGGCACGUCGAACUUGCGUCGUAUGCGGAAGAAGGAGCUGUUGAGGCAAUACUGCUCGCAAGACAUGAACAUGGACGACCCAGCGCGCGAGAACGUCACCUCGGCGCCCAUCAACAUGCAACCGAUCAACCAUGGUCAACGCACGGUCAUCACCAUCCCCAAGGCUGUCGCGUCCAUGACCAGUAUACCGACUCGCGAGGACUAUAAAGCAGUGGUCGACGCGAACAUGGAGAAGAAACGGCGGAAAGAGCGCGGAGGCGGCAGUGGCAGCGGCGGCGGCAGUGCUAGCGGCGGUAGCGGCAGCUGCAGCGGCGCCGGUAACGUCGGCGGUGUCGUAGGCGUCGGUGGCGCUAGCGCCGGCUUCCUCGAUGUCGCCGUCGCCACUGAGGAGGAGGCCAGCUCCGACAGGAGACGUGGUCUCAUGGUCGCCACCGUCGACCGUCGUAGAGGCCGGCAAGCCAGGCCGACCGCCACCGCGGUGACGAACAGCGCGCAUCCGAAGCUGAAGAUCAAGAUCGGUAACAGCAUAAUCGGCGGUCAAGAGGUAGGUAACGCGCAAGACGAUUGCAGCAGGAUCAGGCCGCCGAAGAAGCGGCUGAGUAGUAUCCCUAGUAGCGCGCCCAGCAUGGAGGAGCUGCGCCGUGAAAGCAUGAAGUUCCGCAAGAUGAUCAUGGCGGGCUUCGACAACGACGAGAAAACCAAGGCCAGGAGCAAGCGCGACAAGAACGGCAAGCGCAAAAAGCGGCAGUACAACAAGAAGGAGGCCCGGGUGCAAAUCCUGGAGGGCGACGCGCCCAAGCUGAUCAUUCGGCUGGGUAAGGCGGGCGCCAACUCGACCACCACCACCACCACCACCACCACCACCACCACCUCGGCGACGAUCGACACGGCGAGCGACGUGUCCACGGCGCUCUUGGUCGCGCCUGCCGGCGACGAAAACGAUAAUCAGCAAGGAUCGACGGAUAACAAGGACAGUCGUGUGGGCCCGCCACCACCGGAGCCUUCCAAGGAGGAGGUGGUCUACCCGAUGGAGGGCGGUAUCGACGAGAAGCAGCCGACGGACCCGAACGCCGGCGCCACUGCCCUGAGGAACGUCCGUUCGGCGAAGGUCACGCCGAUCCGGUUAAAACUGACCCGCUGCCAGGAGGGCUAUGAACUGAAGGAUCCGGUGGCGAGUAGCGUGAGUGUGGACGUCGGUAGUGGCGGUAGUAGUAAUAAUAGUAGUGCGACGACGACGGCGACGACGACGGUGACGGUGGUGAACUCGGUGGCACCGUUGCCGGUCGGCGCAGUGAAUCAGGCGACGGCGGCGGCGGCGACGGUGGCGGAACGCCUGUCGACCGCCGACGCCGGCGUCGCCGUGGUAGCCACCGCCGCCGCGGAGGCGAGACCGGAGGAGCAACAGCAACAACAACAUCACGGAGCACCGGAGAAACAAUCUUCCAAAGAGAACGAUAUUCCAUUGCUGCCUCAGUCCGCGAAUCACAGCUCGUCGGGGUGUCCGCCCGCACCGCUCCCGCAAGGAUGCCAAGUUAGGUGAUAAUUAAUGAUAAUUGUAUAAUAUAGUAAUUAGUGGUUUUUUCUUAGACGAUUCGUACGCGUGUAUAUUACGUAUAUACAUGUUGCGGCGCACGUGUCUCUGUGUUGGCGUCUCUCUCAUGUGCGUGCUGUACACACGUAAUACGUACGCGCCUACACACGUACACAAUACACGCUUACACGCGCCUACGCAACAUACAGAUUAAACAUAGCACAUCGGAUACAUACAAACAAACAAACAAAUACACAUAGACAUACAGAUGUAUAUUGUUCAAUGUUGAGACAGAGACUCACUAGAAAUGUUGUAAGUGUGUAACAUAAAUUAUUGAUUAUUGUAAAUGAUCUGAGGGUGAAGUGAAAUGUCACAAAGUGCCCAAAAUUUACCAUAAAUACUGAAAACACGUGCAUUUCAGGUGUGGUGAGCAAGUGUGGGGAAUGACGACCCGCUAAGGUGUCACCUCGUUGCGUCAUCUCUCGCGGUCGAAUCCACCGCGCGGUGGUGCGGAGUAGUCGCUCGUCCCUCUCGCGCUGCCUCUCUCAUCAUCCUCCUCCUCCUCCUCCUUCUCAUUGCGAGAGCAACGGGAGCAAGCUGAAAAAGAAACGCGCACGUAAAUCGUGUACGAUUGUUCAUUGCUUUCAUUGCUAGAGACUCCAGUCGAGCUAUGCGGUAACGUCGCGACGCCAAGUAUAUAAGAAUCCAUAGUGAAAUCCUGUCAAGCGGUGUAUCGCAUCUUCUUUCCGAUCACACAUCAUCUCCGAUCUCUUCGCAUCCAACCAAAUCUCAUCGACAAUGUCUUCGGACACGGAGCGCGAUUUUACUUCCCCGUCGCUUUUUUCGUCUCAUUCAGAUGGUUUACGUUCCUCUCACUUUGUCGCCGAAAGAGCUGUCUCUUCCUCCCGCGAUCGAGACGCGCGCAGAGAGAUCGCGCUGAAUUCUCGGCCAAGAAGAAUUUCGACAGCGCGUUGCCCCGGGUAUGCGACGCUCCAAGAUCAUCCUCAUCUGCCGCGCUCGUCGUCGCGACGAGCUUGCGUAAUCGUUCCGAAAUCGGAAACCAGGCGCAUCAGACUCGUUCAGAGCUCGUCUCGGCCAGGACGACGUCUCGUGUUCCCGAGCGCCGAAGGAUCGACACCUUAGCGGGGCUAUCACGUCGGCGACGUAAAAAUUACCUUGUACAAAAGGCAUAUUUCUCAAAUCACCGCCUAGGUCGUGAUUUUUAAACGCUAGCUAUAACGAAGAAUUUUAAUAAACCCACAACACCCCUGUAGGAUAUUUCGAUCGAGCGACUAAAUAUCGAUUAUUAUCGUGGCAAGGAGGCGUAUAUACCAGCCAGUCGUGAGACGCGAAAUGAGAAAAGGGACGCGCGUUUCCAUUUCUCUCCUUAUCGUUUUCUCUUCUGUUAUUUUUCUCUUUUGCUGUUUUAUUUUUAUUUUCUACUUUUAUUUUCAAGACAGCUUAUCGCAGGUCUCAGCGUACUCUGCGCUUCUCGACGCAACGAGAGAGAGAGAGAGAGAGAGA